AUGACACUAUGCUGUCGUCUGCUACUUCGGGCAUACGCCUCUGAAGGAAAUCGCACCACUGCUGCUUUAGCAACAGCCACUACUACUUCUACUACUACUACUACUACUCAUAGUAAUAGUAAUAGUAAUAGUAAUAAUAAUACUACAACUACAAGCAGUUCUACUGUUAGUGCUGCUCCCCAAAAGUCCUCAUCGCAGCAGCCGUAUCGCUCUUCACUAUUAGACACCCCAACAAGUAAUGAAAAAGAGAUGGAUGCUCUUCGUAAAGAACUGGCCGCAGCACAACUGCGAAUAUCCGAACUUCGCUUAAGCCAAAUCAAACUUCACGAGGCAUUACUCCGUCGAUUGGAUGAAACCGACCGGGCCGCGCACAAAACCGCCACGGAACUCCGCUACACCGCAUUGGCUCUGCAAUGCCAUCAUGAUCUUCUCGAAACGGAACUACGCCGUAUUUUAGCCAUUAAACCACAGAGUACUAAUAGUAAUAGUAAUAAUAAUAAUGGUAAUAGUGGUGGUGGGGCUGCGAUGAGUAAAGAAGAUAUUAGACGUCUGCGGGCAGCGGCGAUUGAGGCGGCAUCGCGGGAGAUGGUGCGAAAGAAUAUUGGAUUUCGUGUGGAGAGAGUUUCAGAGGAACCCGCACCGUCACAGCGUGUAAGUGGGAGUACCAAUAAUAACAGUGAUAACAUGACAAAGAAUAACGUGUAG